GGCGUGGACUCGAGGGAGGGAAGCGGCGCCAAGUUGGUGAAGGGAGACCCAGGAAAGGCCUAAGACCGGCGGAAGAUACUCGACUGAAAGGAAUCUGCCCCACUGAUCAAUCCAGAUGCCUUCUUCCACUUCACCAGAUGAAGAAGAUAGCCUGCAGACCUGUGUUUUAAAGUUUGCUGAUCUGGACUUAAAAGAAUCAAAUCUUAUUAGCCCCAGCAGCAGUCUCAAAGCAGAGUUAGAUGGCAAUCUAAAGAAGAAAUACUCAUUUGCAAAGAAAAAGGCCUUUGCCCUUAUUGUCAAAACCAAACAAGUUCCAGCACCUUCUUACGAAUUUAAAGAAAAGCGGUGGAGAUGCUGUCAGCAGCUAUUUGUGGACCAGAUCAGCAUCCACAGACAUGUGGCAACACAGCAUGCUGAAGAAGUUUACCAGCAGACUGCUUCUAUUCUGAAGCAGCUAACUGCAGCAUUGCAUGCUUCACAGAGUCUUACAUCCACAGACAAGAAGAACCUUCCUAGUCAGGAAGUGUCUGCUUGGCUCCCCGAUGUAAGUCGCUUUAGCCCUGAUGAGCUGAGCAGUGACCAGAGCAACGAGGAUGGGGAGGUACUCCUGUAUUACUGCUACUGUGACUUGGAGGACCCCCACUGGGUUUGUGCCUGGCAGACAGCUCUAUGCCAGCACCUGCACCUCACAGGCAAGAUUCGGAUCGCUACUGAAGGAAUCAAUGGAACUGUUGGAGGAAGUAAAGUGGCCACCAGACUCUACGUGGAGGUCAUGCUUUCUUGCCCAUUGUUUAAGGAUUACCUGUGUGAGGAAGAUUUUAAGAGCAGCAAAGGAGGAGCUCACUGCUUCCCGGAAUUGCGAGUUGGUGUGUUUGAAGAGAUCGUGCCUAUGGGGAUCAGCCCCAGCCAGGUCUCCUACAAGAAUCCCGGAAUCCAUUUAUCCCCUGGUGAAUUUCAUAAAGAAAUAGAAAAGUUUUUAUCGCAGGCAAAUCAGGAACAGGGUGAUACUAUCCUACUGGACUGCAGAAACUUCUAUGAAAGCAAAAUAGGACGAUUCCAGGGCUGCUUAGCACCAGACAUCAGGAAAUUCAGUUACUUCCCUAGCUACGUUGACAAAAACCUUGACAUUUUCAGGCAGAAGAGGGUGCUGAUGUACUGCACUGGGGGCAUCCGCUGCGAGCGGGGUUCUGCAUACCUCAGAGCCAAGGGAGUGUGUAAGGAAGUGUUUCAGCUCAAGGGUGGCAUCCACAAAUACCUGGAAGAGUUUCCUGAUGGGUUUUACAAAGGGAAGCUGUUUGUUUUUGAUGAGCGGUUUGCCCUGGCCUACAACAGUUCUGUGGUAUCAGAAUGUUCAUACUGUGGAGCCCCAUGGGACCAAUAUAGACUCUGUUCUACUCUGCAUUGCCGCCAGCUCGUUUUAACCUGUUCUGCCUGUCAAGGACAAGGAUUCACAGCCUGUUGCAUCAUGUGCCAAGACAAAGGGGGCAAACAGGCGUCGGGCCCUGCCCAGGACAGUUUUAAAGAAGAAUGUGAGUGUACAGCCCGGAGACCACGCAUCCCACAGGAGCAGCCUGCAUGACACCCUGUGAGCCUGGAGCCAAGGCCUGACGCUGGUGAAGCUUUGUGGCAUCUUCAGCAUUCCCUAAGCUUCACAGUGCAGGCUUCAGUGUCCAUGCGUAGAUUGUCAAGGUUGUAGAAACAAAUCGGGAACUUUCAUGUGGUCAGAUGGCCUUAAGCAAAGGGGACAAGGAGUCCAGUGUUAGCUACCUAACCUGCUUGUUUUGAUUCGGAAUAUGCUAGAGCCUGGAAAAGAGGUGACCCAUGUGGGAUCCCAAGGACGUUGAGGGGAAGAGCCUUGAGCUCGGCUGCGCCAUGUCUUCUCUGCCAUGCAGCCGGGUAGUAGACGUUGCUCUUGUCAGCAAACCUUUUUGCCUUGACAGCAAAAGCAGAGAAGUCGAGCCCUGGGUGUGGACUCUUAAACCAGGUCAGCUGCAACCUUUCCCUGCGUCAGUCUCUUUGCUAACUGCCUGGAGAGAUCUGUAAUCUGUAGCACUGGCCACUUCCUGCUUUGAAGACUGUACGGAAUCAACCUGACCCAUUCCUUUACAUAUGAUCAUGGCACUACUGAGUAGUUGGCCAGAGACCACGUGGCCUUCAGAGUCUGAAGUAUUUGCACUCUGUCCCUUCACAGAAAAUGCCAGCUCCCAGUUCAAGCUGACAGCUCAUCUGACAGAGUCAGUCUUAAAGAAGUGGCCUACAUUUUUAUAGAUUUGGUUUCUUUGAAAGAUGUCCCUCUAACAGCCCUGUGUUACCCAGCAUCCCCUCUUAGCUUCUGAGUGUUCUCCUUGGGGAUCCAGAUGAGCAGCAGCAGCGUGCUUUAUAGGACAUCUGGGACACAAGAUGCUUGUUUAGUGAGGUCCUUCAGCAUAGCAGCUCUCUAGCCUUCCGACCUUUGGGCUCAUGUCCCCAUCAUACAAGUUUUAAGAAACACACACAGCCAUACAUAGACCAAUGGCUUUAAUAUUAUGUUGCAGUUUCCAGUGGUGCAGAAUGCAGCUGCAGUUGUGUCUCAAGGAGAAGCUGAGUGGGGCUGGCCGUCCCUGCAGCUUGGUGCCACUCCUGGGCCCAUGUGCAGCCUCACUAGACACUGUUAGUGGUGAGGCCCUGGCGUCACCUCUAGUUACCCUGUACUGUCCACAGCAUUACAGUUCAGUGUGCAGGACUUUUCCUUGUCAGAAGCCCCCUGGGCUGUGCUCAACAGCUUUUGAGCCUUGUCAUUAUUGUAAUAUUGGCUGGAUCCCUAAGGAAAAUCAUUCCCCAAAGCAACAAACAAAAAUACUAGUUUAACUGGCACUGUGGUCUAUUAAAAGGCACAAGAACAAUGUGUUUUAGCAUUUUUACUGACUCCCAUGGUGUUAAAAAAGGGAUCCAGUAGGAACGCCGAAAUUAGGGUUCAGAGUAAUCACUUGUGUUGUUUGGCCAGGAGCUCCUAAUUCCUUGCCGUUUGGAUGUUGUACACUGCUGUCCUUCAGAGGCGUCAUUUGUAGGCAAGAGCUCUGUGAUUUGAUUUGUCUCCUAAGUGACCAGGUAGGCACUUGGUGUCUGUAAGCAGGGCUAUGCUAUGUGCCAUAGCCACAGUGGACUGGAAAUUCUCCCAAUGGCGUUGGCCUCACGUAAGCCAUUUGCCCACUGAGGUAUCGGAAGAUGUUUUCCUGUGGCUAAAGGUUUUCAUCCAUCAUGAAGUUGGCAUUCAAUAAAGACAGAGUGAUUUCUGACUGCUGUGAGUAUAUGCCAGGUGUUCGGACAGAGCACUCAGGAAUAUGUCUGUUGCCUGGGCUGGUAGAUUUUAAAACUUGAAAUUUCACCGUUGCCUUUUUCUCCCCCUUCUCUUACCUGGCAGAAGGAAUCCUGUAUCUUUCUGACUCUUAGAAGAUUCUGUAGCUUGUCUUUCAUUCUUGGGGGGAAGGGGUUUGAUCCUGGAAUCAAUUUGGCAGCUUUAAUCUUGAAGUUAAAGUUUCAAGUGGGGUUGAAAAAUCAUGAUUAUCUGUUCUUUUUACUGAGCUGCUGUGACCAGACCUGUAAUAAAGUAUUUUACAGCGCUU